AUGGCUCGAAACUCGGAAAAGGCGCAGUCUAUGCUGUUUCGCUUCCGCGAAGCCCAAGCAGCUGACCUCGGCAUCAUCGACGCCGGCCGAACGCGCCGCCCUAGGGUCAUCACCGAAGUCGAAGCCAUCCCCUCUUGCGAGAAAUGGCGUGGUCAGGUCCUCAAGGAGAUCUCGCGCAAGAUGUCGCGGAUCCAGGACCCCGUUCUGAGCGACUACCAGAUCCGCGAUCUCAACGACGAGAUCAACAAGCUCAUGCGCGAAAAGCACAUGUGGGAGGUGCAGAUACGGAAUUUAGGCGGGCCCAACUAUAUGCGCGGCGGUGGCAAAAUGUACGACGAACAAGGGCGCGAGAUACCGGGCGGCGGCAAAGGAUAUCGGUACUUUGGGCGCGCACGCGAACUGCCCGGCGUGAAGGAGCUAUUCGAAGCGGCGCGGAGUAAAGGCCAAGACGACAAACCGCUGGAGGACAGCAAGGACCUGCGGCGCAAUGUGGAUGCCGCGUACUACGGCUACGCGCCUGAUGAGGAGGACGACAAGCUACUGGAGUAUGAGGCCGAGAAGGAGCGACAGGCGGUGGAGCACAUGAUGCAGACCGGACCGAAGGGCACGCCUGAUGGCUGGGAACCGCUCCCGGGAGAUGCAGGCGACGGAGAGACAUGGGAGUUGCCUACGUUGGAUGAGGUGCAUGAGGAGUUGAUUGAGCGAAGGCGGCGGAAGUUGCUGGAGCAGCUGUGA